CCAAUUUAUAAAAUUCAAUGUUGAAAUAAAGUAACUAUAAUGAUAAUAAUGAAAGUGUUUGUUCUCAUUGUAUUUUUCUCUUUAUCUUAUGCGAAAACCAAUUUUAUGCCCAACUUACCUUUGGGAGAAUAUUGUUUGGUAGUUGAGAAAAUAUACCCUUGUGAGUCAAAACGUUUAAUUCAAUAUAAUGUUUAUUUGAGUAAAAAGACAUUAAAUGUAUCUGAGUUAAAAGGAAAUAUAACAUACUUAGUACCUUUUGACGAUACUCUUACACUUGAUUUAAAUGCUGCUUCCUGGGGUUCGAUUGGGGGUUGGAAACCAAAUUCAAUGGUUUACACUACAAAGAAUGCAUGUAGUAAUACGAUAAAGGUCCUAGGGAAAGCAUGGAAUAAAAUAAAUAAUGUCUUUAACUCUUUCAAUGCUAGCUGUCCAGUAAGAGUGGGAACAUAUACAACAACAGGUUUUAACUUGAAGGAAUUAUUGUCAGACAAUAAUUUUCCCAAAGUGUAUUUUUACGGAAAAUAUAAAACGACGAUUAAGAUGAAAAAUGUGAGAAAUGAAGUAAUCGGUUGUUUCGUAAUGGAGUAUAGUCUUUUACGACCUUGGGAAAUUCCAAUUUGAUUAAAUUUGACAAAACAAUAAUAGAAUAUGUUAUU